AUGUCCACUUCAAGUUCACUAAAAAGACCAAUUAAAAUAGAUGCUUUCAAAGUAGCCAUCAGAGAUAUGUCCUCAGAUGAACUUUUCAACAUUCAAAGGGAAAUCGAAAACAGUGUUCAUCAUUUGGAGAGAUCUAAUGAUAAAUUAGCUAAAUAUAUUGCCAAAUUGGAAGGCAAUCACCACCAUGAAGAAGAAGAUGAGGAUACUUCCGAAGUGGAAACCAUUGAUGAAUCAGACUUACAACUAUUCAAGGAUUCUAUGAAUGAAAAUAAUAUUGUAUUGAAAAACUACUCUCAAAGAUUGGAAGCUUUAACACAAGAACAUAUCUUUAGAACAAGUGGUAAAGCUACCAACGAAAAUAUCAAGUCAAAAAAUAUUGACAGUGAUAACAAUACACAGCAAAAUGCAACUCCUAACCAAAUUUACUUAUGA